UUAUGAGAUGACAUACUACAACUCCCACCGGCCGUAUGAAAGCUCCCUUUAAAAGGUCCGUCUAUGGCCGAAGCCAGCAUCCCUGUUAGUACGAGGUCGGCGAAUCCCUUUUUGGUUAUCUCCGACCGAGAUAUUGAUUCGGCCGUAAGCACUCGUGGCUAUGCUACAUAGGCAAGCGAAUACUAGACAGAGAAAGAGCAAUCAACAAUGGCGCUCUUUAAACCCCUUUUACCGCCAGUCAACGUCUCCAAAGAGUCCCAAGGCAUCGUGAAUCUCCCACGAGCCGAGGGUUCAUUAUCAGUCAUAGUCCGUGACAGCCUACAACUCACAACAUGGCUUCUUCUCGGGGGACUCCUACAAGGCCUCGCCGUGAUGCUCCUUGGCAUCUACGCCCUCAUCCCCACCAUCCUAGUCCUACUAUACCGCACCGCCGACACCCUCCUAAUGGCUGCCAACAUCACGCGAAACCGUUACAUGGACGGCGUGAUCCGCGCUAAAUUCUCCGCACAAUCCCCUGACGCGAACGGUAAUUUCGGGUCUGAAAUUGCUUCGGAGUCAAUCGUCGUCUUUCUUCUCGGCGCCCGCUCAAACCAUCCUCUUGGUUUGCUCGCCCCCGGUUUCUACGAACUCAGUCAACGAGUCAUGGCAAUGCAGCGCGAGUUGAAUGCCGACCCAGUGAAACACGGUCUUCUCGGCUCCUCGAGCUGGAUCAAGCAAGACGACCCCGCCACCAACGAGAAUAUGACCGUGUUCUAUCUACGGGACUACGAUGCGCUGCAUCAAUUUGCGCACGGCAAGCUUCACGUGGAGGGCAUGAAGUGGUGGACGGACAUUGUCAAGGAUCAUCCGCAUCUUGCGAUUUACCAUGAGACGUACAUUGUGCCCAAGGGGCAGUGGGAGAAUAUCUACAUUAAUUCAAAGCCCACAGGGAUGGGGGAUACGUGGUUCCCGGCGGCUGGGGAAUGCGAGGAGAAGGGCCAGGUGUCGGAAUAUGUGCGCCCGAUCGUUGAUGCCAGGCAUCCUUCUCUGAGGUCUGCGGCCAGGAGGUUGAGAAUAGGUCAGUUGGAGGCUAGGACGAAGGACUGGGAUGCGCUCCCUUUCUCUUUAUCUCGUCCUCGGAGUGUUUAAUAUCCGAUAUGAAGCGUUUCUGACUUGUUUAAUUGAAUACCCAUUGGUUGAAUGGUUUAUGAUCAAGCCACAUCGCCAUACUCAGAUCUAAUAUUAGUGGACACUAAGCGGGCACAGUCCAAGAGCUAUUCGAGCUAUCCCAAUUUCUAGCUAUUCGUUGUCCUUGAUACGUCAUAAUUCUAUGCUUGUUAGAUUGUUCAUAGAACAGUAACAUGGUCGCCUAUCGACGGCCACGGCCACAACCACCCCGGAUUUAUAAUGAUGUUCUUUUGAAUUGGUCUCACCC